AUGUUUCACUGGAGCAAGUGGAAGAAGAGGAUGGGAGCGAGCGCAUCCUCCUCCAAGAGACCCGUCUUCGACGAGAGGGAGGACGUGAACUUUGACCACUUCCAGAUUCUCCGGGCGAUUGGGAAGGGAAGCUUUGGCAAGGUGUGCAUCGUGCAGAAGAGAGACACAGAGAAGAUGUAUGCCAUGAAGUACAUGAACAAGCAGCAGUGCAUCGAGAGGGACGAGGUGCGCAACGUGUUCAGAGAGCUGGAGAUCCUGCAGGAGAUCGAGCACGUGUUCCUGGUGAACCUCUGGUACUCCUUCCAGGAUGAGGAGGACAUGUUCAUGGUGGUGGACCUGCUUCUGGGUGGUGAUCUGCGCUAUCACCUGCAGCAGAAUGUUCAGUUUACUGAGGAGACGGUGAAACUCUACAUCUGUGAGAUGGCUCUGGCUCUCGACUACCUGCGGAGCCAGCACAUCAUCCACAGAGAUGUAAAGCCAGACAACAUCCUCCUUGAUGAGCAAGGUCAUGCCCAUUUAACAGAUUUUAAUAUUGCAACAAUAAUUAGGGAUGGUGAAAGAGCGACUGCGUUGGCUGGGACAAAGCCCUACAUGGCCCCAGAGAUUUUCCAUUCCUUCCUGAACGGCGGGACGGGCUAUUCCUUCGAGGUGGACUGGUGGUCUCUUGGAGUGAUGGCUUACGAGCUGCUGCGGGGCUGGAGGCCGUAUGACAUCCACUCCAACAACCCUGUGGAGUCCCUGGUGCAGCUCUUCAGCACUGUCAGUGUUCAGUACUCCUCGGCCUGGUCCAAAGAGAUGGUUGCGCUGCUGCGGAAGCUGCUGACAGUGAACCCUGAGCAUCGCUUCUCCUGCCUGGGCGAUAUCCAGGCCUCGACGUACCUGUCUGGUGUGGUCUGGAGUGAUGUCUGUGGGAAGCGCGUGGAGCCCGGCUUCGUCCCCAACAAGGGCCGCCUGCACUGUGACCCCACCUUUGAGCUGGAGGAGAUGAUUUUGGAGUCGAGGCCCCUGCACAAAAAGAAGAAGAGGCUUGCAAAGAACAAGUCGAGAGAUAACAGCAAAGACAGCUCCCAGUCUGAAAAUGACUAUCUUCAGGAAUGCCUUGAAGCUAUCCAGCAGGACUUUGUCAUCUUCAACAGAGAGAAACUAAAGAAGAGCCAAGAGCAGCCGAUUGAGUCCGUGUCUGCCUCCGAGACCACUGACGAAGCCGAGGCGGAGGCUGAGUCCGAGCCCUCCAACCUGCACAUGUGCAGCUCCGUGUGCUCCUCGGGCAGCAGUUAGGCUGGAGCCCCGGGCGAGGGUCUCCGCCCGCGCCGCUCACCUGCCUCAGGUGCGCUGAGCACCCGAGCUGACCCCGCUGCCACCCGAGAGCACCGACAGCUCGUCCUGCAGAGCUGGAGACAGAGAGUUCACACAGAACUGCCCUCCUGGGUUAUGGAGCGCCAGCCCGGCACGUCGUGGGGGAAGACACUGCCUAUGCAACUUGCCAAGGGGAGAUCAACUUCUUUACUUGUUUUAAUGCCAGGUUGCUGAAUGCACGUUUUCAAAUGCAGUGAGUGGACAAGGAAAGAAGCCGCAUCCUUGGGUCCCACGGGGGAAGACACGGAGCAGGGAGGAAGGCUGAAGAGGUAGUUGGAGUUUGACUUUUCUCUGUUCCCUGUUCACAAAGGUUGCAGGGGGACAAGCAAUCCCUGUGCAAGCUGUAGCAGCCCUGAGGCCUCUCCAGUCUGUGGUGGGUGGCACCAGCUCCUGGGAGCCUCCAGCUGUUUGAGUCCUGCAGCAUGAGGACGUCCCAGGCACCUCCUUGUCCUUGCGUCGCCUGUCAGUUCCUUUCCUGACUCCGGGCAAAUAAAUGUUUUUUGUGCACUCCAUGGAUUCUUCAGGGACUGGGUAAAGUGUAAUGGGUUCAAUGUGUAUUUGAGAUGCAGAAUGUAUUUAAAAUAUUUGCUUUCUCCACGUGGCUGCUGCAGGCAGCGGGGAGCUGUGGGAUGGACUGGAGGGUCUGGCUCUGCCUGGGUUUGGAGGACACAGUUUAUCACAGGCUCAGGUUUAGCUGGAGGCAGAAUGAGUGGCCUAGCAAGGCUGCUCAGUUAUGAAAGACAGGAAUAUCUUAUUGUACCCUUCAAUUUGCUUUAUUUUCAAUGUAAAAUA